GCGCCGGAGCCUCGCGGCGGAGAUGAGCGCUUCGCGGGGCCUUUGCACGUUGGCGCAGCUGCAGCCGCUGGAAGAGCAACCGGACAGCGUCAAAGUCUUAAGGCUGACCCUUCAGAAUGACCUUCCCGGGGACCGACCAGACCAAAUGAGCCAAAAGCCGGUGGGACGAGCCUUCGCCAUGGUGGCCAACCGUCCGGCCAGCAGCCACGGCCUGGCGUCCGAAUGCAUCAAGUCUAACGAGGGGGACGAAGAGAUAAUUAAGUUUCCCUCCAAUAAGUCAAACGGCUUCCAGCCUCUUCGGACAGUCACGUACCGCACCGUAUCCAUAAGCCAGGACGAACCCACCUAUCCCACCGAGGACAUCUCCAUCAUGCGCGAGACGACCAAGAGACUCUUUUCAAAACUUCAGGAGGCCGAGAAGAGGCACCAGUCUGAUCGCUCGGCCUACGAGACGUCCAUCUCGCAUUAUCGGAGGGAAGCGGAGCACUCGGGCAUCGCCCUCCGGAAAGCCGAAACGGAACUGGAAAUGAAGGACCUUAAAUUGGAAGAACUGCAACGGCUCCUCACCGGCAUGGAGAAGGAACACCAGAUCCUCCGGCAGAAAGUUCGGGAUGGCGAAAUGCAACUGGAAGAUCUGCGGAGCUCGGAGAAGGACAAGGCAGCCGAGCAGGAAAGGUCGGCUAAGUUAGAGAAGGAGGUCGCUGGUCUCCGGGAGAAGAUCCACCACCUGGACGACAUGCUGAAGAGUCAGCAGCGGAAAGUCCGGCAUAUGAUUGAGCAGCUGCAGAACUCCAAGACGGUCAUCCAGUCGAAGGACACCAUCAUCCACGAGCUGAAGGAACGGGUGGCGUAUCUGGAAGCCGAGAACCUGGAAAUGCACGACCGCAUGGAGCACUUGAUUGAAAAGCAGGCCCACCCCGCGUCCUUCAACAACCGCAGCCGCUCGAAGUCGGAGACCGUCAGCAGCAAAAGGUUCACCAAGCCUGUGGGACCGAAACCUUUGCCCCUCAUCCGAGUCUUGGAAACAUGAACGGGAUUUCGGCACUCUGCCUGGCAAGAUCGCGCCACACCGCAAACCCGCUGGAUGCCGGCCGCUGCCUCUUGUUUAUCACUUCGUCCAUCACCCCCCAUGUUCCUCACUCUCCCCUCCUGUGCCAAGGGGAGGGUGUUGGCACGAGCAGGAAGGCCUCCCCAGGCCCUAAAAGCGGUGAAUUUUAUACCGGAUCGAGGCGGAGGAAGAGGGAAACGCAUGACUAGCAGAAGAAGAAAAUUGGAGCGAGUGAAUAAAACGGGUUCAGUUUAGGAAAAAUAAAAAAGGACAGUGCCUUUUAAAACUUCCCGGCUGCCCCAAUUUCAUAGCUUUGGUUCCUGGGCAAACUUAUUUUGGGGUAGAGAGAGAGAAGGGAAGGAGCGUUAGUGGCUUUUCCCUUGAAUAAAGCGUCAUUCAAAUUUUUAAAAAACCCUUUUAUUCUUCUUUGCCUUGUGAGCGAGGCGCUUCAUCCCUCCCCGUUAUUUUAAAAACCCAUUUUAACCUCUCGCCUCCCCCAAAAUAAAACCAACCAAGCUGAGAUUCCUCUUUGCCCCCCACCCUGGUGGAGGGUGGUGGUGGUGGAGAGACUUGUAAUAAAUCCCUGUAAUUUAAUUUAGAGCCCGUUUUGUGUUUCUGUACAUAUUUAUCUAUGAAAUAAACUCAAGGAUGGUCUUUAAAGAAAUGUGCCUGA